UUGUGUAAACCAAUUCAACGGGUGUAUAUUUUUAACUGCCGCCACAGUUGGAUGCGCCUUCUAUCCAUUUAUUCAAAAAACAUAACCGACCGGUCACUUUUCUACAACUUUUUUUAAUUGUGUGUGAGUAUGUGAGAGUCUCUCACAGUGCGCCUGCCUGUUGACCGAAUAGUUGUUGCAUUGCAAUAGUUAGUCAGUGGCCGUUUGUAGCGAUGUCGUCAUCACUAUAUAUACUUUAUUACGUUAUUGUGUAGCGCCUUUUGAAUGAAUUACAAAAAAUCGCAACUUAAAUCCAUCACUUAAGGACAGAGGAACUUUAAAUUUAGAAAAAUAGUCGCGAUGUGUUUUGUGUUUUAAGUUCUUCGUCGCCCGCAUUCCUAAUUUUUGAAUAUAUUAAAGACAUGCGACAGAGGUGAUUAAAAACAUGGAUAACAAGAACGAAGUAACAAAAUUCAUCAAUACCAAUUUAAUCACAUUAAAAUGCGUCUUGUUCUGCUUUUUCGGAGCGUUGGGAUGCCUCUUUCCGUACCUACAGUUGCAUUUAAAUAAGAAAAACUUCACCAUUGAAGAAUCAAAGCUAAUAUCAAUCGUUGCGCCCUGUUUGGCGUUAUUAGGUCCGCUUGUCGUAGGUCCAGUAGCCGAUAAACUUGCUGGAGGUUCAAAGGGCGUACCAAGAAGUAAAAAUGGAACGUAUCUACGUGUUAUGAUCUCAGUUUGUCUGAUCCUGUCGAUUGUGUUCUAUUGGGUUUUGUUCGCGUUACCCGCAAUUGAGCCCUGUGUCUUAUCUUCGAUUGAUUCCCCGCAAUGCCACAACUCCUACAACUUGCCAAAGGAUCAAUAUGCACGAACUAACAGAGGCCCUUAUAUAGAAUUGGUAUGCGACGAAUCUGGAGGUGAAGUGCUGGUCGAAAAUUGUGGAUAUACAGAUACCUGUACUCAAUGGGAGUCUGAUGUGGUGGCAAAUUUUUACGUAACGAAUUGCACACACACAUGCCGCGACGGGGACGAAACGACACCGUUUCCUGACUUUGACACCAGUACCUCAGUUGAUGACGAAGAAGGCGAGGCAUCUGGACCAAUUGAAGCUGAUUUAUCUGUUGGGAGAAUUAAACCGAACUUGCCUCCGAGACCUCUACCACACGAACAUCUCUGUUUCAUGAACGAGCUCAACCAAUCUGUUUGCGAAGUGUAUGCAUCACAUUCGCAUCCUAUACAGUUGCGUCUACCUCUGCAACGUAGUCAAAAUGACACAAAAAAACAGAGAGUUUGCGCUUAUCCUAUACGUGGAAAUGAUUUUUAUUGCCGCGUUGGCCCACAGUUCGAAAGGAUUUAUCUCAAGAGCAACGUUACGUCCACGUGUAAUCAACGAGUUAGAUGCGCUAUCGAUAAUCCAUUCAAUUCCAUUAGUAGUAUAUUCAUCGAGCUACAUUGCGAUCGUGACGAGUCUAUCUUUUGGAUUUAUCUGUUUGUGCGAGGAAUAGGCGAUAUGUUUCCAACCGCCGCGCUCGUACUUCUGGACGCGGCCGUUGUGAUCGCGACGCGCGAAACGUCGACGGGGCGAGGCGACGCUGGAAAGCAGUUUGCAGCGGGAGCUUUCGGUUUCGCAAUCUUCCCGGCAAUCACUGCCGCAAUAGACGCGGACAUCGCUCCUUUUAUUAUAUUUACUGUGUUAAUGGCGGUGACUAUUCUCAUUCUAAUUUUCGACUCCAAUAUGCCGUUAAGUCCUCCUGAGUGGUGGUGGCAUACAAGGUGCGGAUUGCUUGCAAUGGAAAUGUCCGCAGUACGCAAAUACGGUUUGGAGACGGCAGCUUUAGGAUUUGUUCUUCUACUUUUGGGAGUAUUUUGGAAUGGAAUUGAUCCGUACCUCCCUUGGCAUAUCAUGGCACAGUCUGGCGAUACUUUAAAUGUCGCCUUAACUGUAACGGUUGCGGCUUUACCCGCCGUUUUGUUCCUAAUAUUUAUCGAGAGAAUUGUCGAUUACUGCGGCCAUACGAAUCUACUUAACGCUGCAUUCGCGUUCUAUAUCAUGCACUACAUUGCAUUAUCCUGCAUUACGUCGCCUUGGUUGUAUCUAAUUUGCGAGGCGUUGGAAAUAUUUACCUUGCAUAUCGUAUGGGUCACUGCCGUUUUAUACCUCCGCCACUUAAUACCUCGUCAGUUUACUGUAUCGGGUCAAGCACUGCCUGUGAUUACUCACUUCUGCAUAGGAAGGCUUAUUGGAACGAUCCUGUCUGGUUUCGCUUAUCCCAGAGACGGAUGGAACGUCUUGGAAGUAUACGAAGGAUUCGCUUCCGCCGCCGCAAUAAUAGCAAUUGUAUAUUUCCUGCUGUAUCAGCUAUAUUUAAAACCGAAAUGUGCAGCUCCAUUUGUUGAAUUGGAACGACCUUCACCUGCGCUCAUACAAAAUUCGAAUGGCAAUGGGGCCUACACACCAUUGAAAGUGUAUCACAAUAGCAAAGCAAAGAAAGGGCAAUUUAAAUAUUAAAUAUGACGAGAACCACCACAACUUCGUGUUUUCAAUUCUGUGUUGUUUAGUUCAAAGCGGUGAUGUGAGUGGGUACCGCUUACCAAUCAAUUUUUUUACCUAUUUUAUAAUGAAAUCGUAAUUAACACGACCGCGUGCUAUUUUUAUAAAGUAACAAUUUUAUUGUUGUAGAUUAUAAUAUUUCCAAAUAUUUAUUAAUGUUAAAUUAUCACAAAUGUUACUUCGCUUUAAACAACUAUUGAUGUAUUUUAAUAAAAUAACUUCCCAAAGAAA